GUCGUAGAUUAACUCUUAGUAGUGUCUACACACAUCUCACACAACAUCACACAUCUCACACAACACUCAACGUACACACACCUACACACACACACAUACAGUGAUAAAAGUGUGAAAGACCCUCAGUCCGUUGAGGGCAACCUGUCUGGUUGAGGGGGCAAGGUUUGAGAGAGGCUUGCUGUUGUUGCGAACUUGGAUUGCUACAUCAUUAUUGCGCCAAGAUUUGUGAGGUUCGCAGAAGAUUCUUUCAGUCGCGCACCCGCAAGCGGACCUGCCGUUUUACACAAUUUUUGACACCACCUUCACUCCAAAUCCAAAACAACGGUAAGUUUUUCUUCUCAAUAAAAGGCUGGGUGGUGUGUUUUCAAAUCCUCUGACCUCCCAAAGACAAGCCAUGCCUCGACGCCCCCGACCGACGUUGUCGCCUCCAUGGUGGCGGUCUCCCGGGACCAUCAAAAUCGCUCGGAUCGUUGCAACGAUCAUGCUCCUUUGGGGGAUCAACGUUUCUCUUCGUCCGGAUAAUACUUCCCUCUUCUCGGAAGAAGGAAUCCACUCAGAGGCUGCCAUGUCCUUACCGCGAAAGCUCAAAGCUCCGGGAAUCGUCACAUACGUCGAUCACCGCAAAGCCGAUGAUUCUGCUACCAACCCUCCCGAAGAAAACAACAAGAAACAGCAACAGCAGCAGCAAAACCCAACAAAGUUUACGAAAAUUCUCAAGCCGACCACCAAACGAAUCAAUAAAACUCUACAAGAAUGGCGGGAGACGUACAAUCGAGCUUGCCAGAAUCGCGACGUCAUUUUACUGGAUCUCUUGGAUAUCGUGCAACAAAUCUACCGACCAGGAACGGACGGGAGCAAUAAGCGAACGAAGAAGCGACAUCUCAAAAGCAAUAUUUAUGACACCCAACCUUGCAAAUACAGCUUUCUCGACUUUGGUGCCAACAUUGGCGACUCCUUGGGAAAAUUCAUUGAUUCUGGACUCGACAAUUGCGACAGUCCACGGAAUGAGAUCCACAACUUGUCUCCCAAGUACAAUUUAGAACAGGGGUUCAUGGAUCAAUUUCAUGACAAGGAAAAUGCCUUGGUUCGGUACAGUCGCUAUGUGACUCGCAAGGCCGGGCGAGGUAGUUCUCCCGAGCGAUACCCAGAACAAUAUUGUUAUUUUGGAGUGGAGGGCAAUCCCGUCUUUACGGAGCGAUUGGAAGCACUUCAAGACCAAGUCAACGAGGCCUCGCCCAAACCUGUCCGAAACGCCCAGUUUUUCACGGAAACGGUGGGUGCUGGCCAAGACGGUCCGACAGUAUUGUUUUUGGAUACCGUCAGUGCUGAAAAUAACUUUUGGGGAUCGUCUCUGUUAUCGGAACCCAAGUACGUGCGAGAAUCUGCCCAUCGGUUCAACGAUGGGAAACCCAUUGAGGCACGCGUCACGGGGGUAACACUGAGUACAAUGGUGAAACGUACCGUGAUACCCGAACCAAAUGCUCAUCUUAUCAUUAAGAUGGACAUUGAGGGAGGAGAGUUCGCAGUGCUAAAGGAAGCAUACCGAUCUGGUGUCCUGUGUAACUAUGUCAAGAAGGGCGUGAUUGUCAACAUGCUCUUGGAGAUGCAUGCUCCUCAAUUCAAAGCAGCCAAUCUCGACAUGAAUGAAUGGAAUACGUUUACCAAGGGGCUCGCAGCCUGCGGAGUGAUUAUCCAAGGGGGUAUGAAUGCAGGCUAGCCACAUUUUCCGUCACCAAGUAAGAAUGCAUAAAGCUAUAAGGGAUAUUUUCGUGCUCCAGCGAGAAAGGAAGACGCGAGAGCUUCUAGACAGCGGAGUGGUUAUCCAGGGUGGUAUGAACAGCAGGCUACCCAGAUUUAGUCACGGAAGUAAGAAUGCAUCACCAAGCUAUAAUCUUGAGAUGUUUUCGUGCUCCAACGAGAAAGAAAAUCGCGAGAGCUGCUACAAGCCCCAACUCACUUAUCAAAAAAUAUCUCUAAUGACGGUUAUUAAUUUUAAAAGUUGUCUCUGGGACC